AUGGCUACCUCUCCUCCCGAACGGAGAUACCUAGCCCUCCCGGGCCCACCGGCCAAUUCCCCAUUCCGUCUCGCGGCGAUCCAAGACGCCAUAAAUUCCACAGUUUCCGGCACCAACAGAGUGGUCUCCAUCCGCUCAAUAUUCGUACACUACGUCUGCCCCCAGGAUGGCGUGGACGUGAAUAUCUUGGAAGACGAGAAUUCGAAGGAGAGAAAAUGUCUAGGCCAGUUGCUGCACUAUGGCGACGGGUCUUCAAAGUUGAACCGUGACCAGGGGACUAGGAAGUUGGUUGCGCACGCUAAAGGUCAGAAGGAGGUGGGAUUUAUGGGUAAUACUUUGGUGCUUCCGGUGUUUCCUAGGAAGGGGACUAUUAGUCCUUGGUCUUCCAAGGCGACGUCGAUUGCGCAUGUCUGUGGAUUGGGGGGAUAUGUUAAGAGGAUUGAGAGGGGAGUUUUGUUUUCUGUGGCGUUUGAGAAGGAAGUUGGGUUUGGUGGGGUAUUUGGGGGGGUGGAUAAUGUGCUAUUUGAUCGCAUGACUCAGGUGCGCAUCCCUCUAAGCCCUAGGCUUUUCUAAGUGAAGGGUUGAUUGGAGCUGAUACGUGUAUUUUGGCCCAGACAUGUCAAGCGGAACCUCCUAGUUACGAAGAGUUGUUUGGAACCCAUGAACCGCUUCCGGUUGGGCAAGUCGAUCUUCGAUCUUCUGCGGCUCUGCCAUUGGAGGCCCUUGAGUCGGCGAAUAAUACGUUGGGUCUUGCAUUGGACUCUUUUGAGAUGCAGUAUCUUCUUGAGGCGUUCUCGGAUGCCGGGCCAUGCCCUCGAAAUCCCUACGAUGUCGAGUUGUUCAUGUUUGCUCAGGUGAACUCCGAGCACUGCCGUCACAAGCAGUUUAACGCAUCCUGGGAGAUUGAUGGGCAGGGAAAACCACACACUCUUUUCGGGAUGAUCAGAAAUACACAUAAAAUUAGCCCUGAUCACACCAUUUCUGCAUACUCUGAUAAUGCAGCUGUGCUUGAAGGGAACAAUGGUGUGCACUGGGCGCCCGAUCCGGAGUCGAAGGAGUGGGCAUCUACACAGGAAAUGGUACACUUCGUUGCCAAGGUUGAAACACAUAAUCACCCAACCGCCGUCUCACCAUACCCCGGCGCUGCCACGGGCUCCGGUGGUGAGAUUCGUGACGAGGGCGCUGUGGGUCGGGGAUCAAAGCCAAAAGCUGGGCUAGCAGGAUUCAGCGUGUCGGAUCUUCUAAUUCCUGGAUUCCAACGGCCUUGGGAAUUGAGCGUUGGCAGACCCCAUCAUAUUGCCAGUCCCUUGGAUGUUAUGCUAGAGGCACCUAUUGGGUCAGCGGCAUUCAAUAAUGAGUUUGGGAGACCUUGUAUCGCGGGCUAUUUCCGGACUCUGACGACAACGGUGGAACAGGGGAAUGUGAAGGAGAUUAGGGGAUAUCACAAACCUAUCAUGAUUGCUGGUGGUUUGGGUACUGUUCGCCCAGUACACGCUAUUAAGCGGGCGGGAAUGAUCGAGCCGGGGGCUUACUUGAUUGUUCUCGGGGGUCCGGCAAUGUUGAUCGGGCUGGGUGGAGGCGCAGCUAGUAGUAUCACUUCUGGCGAGGGGUCGGUAGAUCUCGACUUUGCCUCUGUUCAGAGAGGGAACCCGGAGCAGCAGAGACGUGCACAGAUGGUUAUUGACGCUUGCGUCGCCCUAGGAGAGAACAGCCCUAUAAGAUCCAUUCAUGACGUCGGUGCCGGCGGGCUUUCAAACGCUCUCCCAGAAUUGGUACACGAUGCUGGUCUAGGGGCUACUUUUGAGCUUCGAGAGGUUGAGAAUGCCGACAAGGGGAUGAGUCCUCUGCAGAUAUGGUGUUGCGAGGCUCAGGAGCGGUAUGUGAUGGCUGUGGCGGAGUCCGGCUUGGAGACUUUUGUAGCGAUCGCCAAACGGGAGCGCUGUGGGUUUUCCGUCGUUGGUAGAGCCGAAGGGGGGAGCGACGCAGAGCAGAGGCUGGUCCUCAAGGAUAGGGAUAGCAGGGACCAUCCUAAGGUCAUUGACCUUCCCAUGUCAACGCUGUUUGGAAAGCCUCCGAAGAUGCACAAGAACGUUACAACCCGGGUGUUGGGCCACGCUCAGUUCGAUAAUAGCUUGGAGACCUACCUCCCGAAUCUAUCGCCGCAGGACCGUUUAGUCGAGGCUGUGGAUAGGGUGUUGAAGCUUCCUAGUGUUGGUUCCAAGAGCUUCCUCAUCACUAUUGGGGACAGGACUGUUACUGGGUUGGUCACUCGGGACCAGAUGGUCGGCCCUUGGCAGGUCCCUGUCGCAGAUGUCGCAGUUACCGCAACUUCGCUGUCUGAAGAAUCAGUCACGGGUGAAGCUAUGGCAAUGGGUGAGAAGCCAACUCUAGCUCUCAUCUCCCCCGCAGCGUCUGCACGUAUGGCCGUCGCAGAGUCUAUCCUCAACUUGGCAGCGGCAGACAUCCAAGGCGGCCUAAAGCGUGUCCGGUUGUCGGCAAACUGGAUGGCAGCCGGAAACCACCCUGGCGAGGGAGCGGCUUUAUACGAAGCCGUCGAAGCCGUUGGUAUGGAUCUUUGUCCGAAGUUGGGGAUCAGUAUUCCUGUUGGGAAGGAUUCUAUGAGUAUGAAGAUGAAGUGGAAGAGCAACGGUGAAGAUAAGGAGGUCACUGCACCGGUAUCGCUCGUUGUCACCGCAUUCACCGCCGUUGAGCAUGUUGGUAGGACCUGGACUCCUGCCCUGAAGCGGGAGAGAGGAUCAGAGCUUGUCUUUGUCGAUUUGGCACUUGGUAAGAUGGAGAUGGGUGGGAGCGCUCUUUGCCAGGUAUUCCAACAAGUUGGAGCUCACUCCCCUGAUGUGAGAGACACCGGGGUUCUCACCGCCUACUUUGAUGCGUGCAAGAAGCUCAGAGAGCUUGGGAUUGUCCAUGCUUAUCAUGACAGGAGUGAUGGUGGCCUAUUUACUACGAUCGUUGAAAUGGCAUUUGCCGGAAGGGUCGGCGUCGAUAUGAAAUUGAAGGACUACGCCAAUAGCAGAGACCCUAAAGACAUUAUAGCAUCCUUGUUCAACGAGGAACUUGGAGCAGUCUUCCAGGUCAGCGAAUCCGACCUCGGAGCUUUCGAAGAUGCCUUCGGGGAUGCCGGGUUCCCGAAACGAUACCUUUAUACCAUUGGAGUAGUUAAGGCCGCCGAUGAACAGACCAUUAGUAUUGACUAUGACGGGAUAGUCGUCUACGAUCUCACUCCUCGAGGAGAGCUCCAGCAGAAAUGGUCUGAAACCUCCUAUGCAAUGCAGAGGCUGCGCGAUAACCCCGUGUGCGCUGACCAAGAAUACGAGAACAUCCUCGACGACGACGAUCGAGGCCUAACUUACAUCCUGACAUUCACCCCCUCCAAUCUCCUCUUUACCACUCUCCCCACCUCCAAACCCCGCGUGGCAAUCCUCCGCGAACAAGGCGUAAACGGCCACGCCGAAAUGGCAUUUGCAUUCAAGCUGGCCGGGUUCACACCUGUGGACGUUCACAUGACAGAUAUAAUUGACGGGAACAUCACACUCUCGGACUUUGUCGGACUCGCCGCCUGUGGCGGAUUCUCCUACGGCGAUGUAUUGGGCGCCGGCGCAGGAUGGGCCAAAUCCGUCCUCCUACACGAGAAAACCAGACAGGAGUUCGAAGACUUCUUCAAGACCCGCAACGAUACAUUCGCCCUGGGAGUCUGCAACGGCUGCCAAUUUCUCAGCAGAAUCACCUCCUUAAUCCCGGGAACCGAAUACUGGCCAACUUUUGAGCGUAAUGUAAGCGAACAGUACGAAGCCCGCCUUUGCAUGGUCGAAAUUUGCGACCCCCCUAGCCUCGCGGUGCCCAGCGUAUUCCUAAAUGGGAUGCACGGAGCCAGCUUCCCCGUUGCCACGGCGCACGGCGAGGGUAAAGCCACUUUCACCUCUGCUAUCCAACAGUUUUGUUUUGAAACCACAGGCAUGGCCGCUAUCCGCUAUGUGGAUAACAAAGGCAACCACACCGACCGUUAUCCGUAUAAUCCGAACGGAUCGCCUGGGGGGCUCACGGGUGUCAGGAAUGAGAAUGGGAGGGUGUUGGCUAUGAUGCCGCACCCGGAGAGGACUGUCUUGCAGGAGGCGGUUAGCUAUAAGCCCACUGGGUGGAGAGGGGAGUGGGGUGGUGUCGGUCCCUGGGUGAGAAUUUUUAGAAGUGCAAGGAGAUGGGUCGGGUAG